CAGUGUCAUUUCCUUGAGUCCGCCUGCUGAGUUUACACGAGGUUUUUUGGUAACGCCAAUUAGUUUGGAAUUUAGUCUAUAUAUUUCUAAUCGUUCGACCAAGUUCGAUCACUGAUAUCGCUAUAUUUAAACUUUAUAAUCAAGGAUUGCGAGUAGUUGAGGUUAGCUUUGCCUGCGUUCGACAAUCGCGCUAUAUCGGCCUGAAAGCUAAGGAUAUUUUUCCUUGACGUUAUCCCAGGCUUCUCCCGUUCCGGACAACGAGAGAUAGAGACCUACAAAACGCAAGUCCUUCGCAAUUGCAAAGAUAAAUAAUUAAAAUUCCUAUUAUGAAUUUGCAGGAGAUUUUAAUUCGAGUGAAUAAAGAAUUUAAAAUAACGGAACCCGUUUCUCUGUUGCUGGCACAACAUUAUUAAAAUCUCGUUUUCCGGACAAGCCGUAACAAAAUGCCAGGGAAAAAACCUUGCCCGCCUCCAGAACAAAGCUGCCCUCUUUGUAACUCUCCUGACAACAGUAUGAUGGUCAGCGGCGAUGAAUGCCUUAUGUGGUACCACUUCGACUGCGUAGGUGUGACUCAUGACAUAGCGAAUCAUGAGUGGAGAUGCUCGAAAUGCCGGAGUGUUCCAGCUCCUACGGAUGAUGAACCCGAUGCGGAUAAUGUGCCACCUAUACCCACCUCGCCACAGGUAUCGUUUUCAGCUAAUGGAAAACAAACAGACGAAGGCGCUCCAACAUCCCAGUUGCCAGCAGAGCUGCAACUGCAACUGCUUGAGGAAGAAUGCGCACUUGAGAGAAGAUUCCUUCGAAGAAAGUACCAACUAAUGAUGACGAUCGGAGCUGCAACAGCGGGUGCUGACACCACGAUUCUUCGACCCCAACAUCACUCAUCUCCUCUACCACCGCGUCCAAGCGCUCCCAUACUUCAUCCCGAGGAUCAUUUGCUCGAAACAGCCACAGCGAAUGAAGCAGCAUUGCUUAAUCAAAGCCAAAUCGCUGCCCGCCACGCUGUUUCUAAAGAGCUUCCUAUAUAUAGUGGUAACCCUGAAGAAUGGCCCCUAUUUAUCGCUACCUUUGAGAAUACAACACGAUUGUGCGGGUACACAUCCGAGGAAAACAUGGCUCGGCUGCAGCGAUGCCUUAAAGGUAAAGCUCUAGAGGCCGUCAGAUGCCAGCUUCUACAUCCUUCGAACUUGGGUCACGUGAUGUCGACGCUUAAGAUGCUAUUCGGUCGGCCUGAAAUCAUUGUCUACUCAUUAGUGCAGAAGAUAAACCAAAUACCAUCACCAAGAGCGGAUAAAUUGAAUUCGAUAGUUGAUUUCGCUCUAGCGGUACGUAAUAUGGUGGCUACAGUGCAGGCAUGCAACCUAGAGGAACACCUCUGUAACAUCUCUCUCCUGCAAAACCUAGUGGAUCGACUGCCGCCGAUGAUUAAACUCACCUGGGCAACCCAUCGCCAAAACUUGCGGCGGAUCACACUUACCGAGUUCAGUGACUGGUUGUAUACUCUAGCAGAAGCUGCCAGUAUGGUGACAGUGCCUUUCCUACCAAAUGUCACCGAAAAUAAUUCUCGGCGGGGAAGAAAAGACGACGGAUUUAUUAACGCUCAUUCCGUAAACGCGCUAGAAUCACUAUCAAGUGAACCGGCAUGCGCCGAAUGUACUAUUUGCCAAGGAAGUUGUACGUCAGUGGAGAGUUGUAAACAGUUUGCGCGUUCAGAUCACUCCGCUCGGUGGGCCCUUCUGCGGGAACACAAGCUAUGUCGCUGUUGCUUACGAGCUCAUAGAGGUCUAUGUAAAUUUGGGAAACCAUGCGGAAAAAACGGCUGCCUUUACAAACACCACCGUCUGCUUCAUAACGAUGCCAAAGAUAAAUACGACAAUGCCCAGCUUACCCAAACACAAGCAAAUGUGAACAGCCCUAGCAAUCCGGUUUCCAAUGAUUUUGCCUGCAAUACUCACCGUGUGAACGGAAGGUCCGUGUUAUUCAAAUACCUUCCCGUGACGCUGUAUAACCAGGGAUUAUCCAUAAACACCUACGCCUUCAUAGACUGCGGAUCAUCCCUAACCUUGUUAGAGGAAAGCCUUGCAACUGAGCUUAACCUUCACGGAGAAAAGCACCCGCUAUGCUUGCGCUGGACUGCCUAUACCUGCCGCUACGAGGAUUCAUCCAUUAAAAUCACGAUGGACAUAUCGGGGUCCCGCAGCUCCAGCAGAAAGUACCUUCUUUCUGACGUCUAUACAGUAAAGGAGCUAAAUUUACCCACUCAAUCCUUGUCAGCCGAGGAGCUUUCAAGAAAAUAUAGCCACCUUAAGGGAAUACCAGUGGACUCAUACGUUGAUGUUCAACCCAGAAUCCUUAUUGGUAUGAAUAACAUACGUGUCGUACAUCCGCUGCGCAGUCGUGAAGGGAACGAACAUGAACCGAUAGCAGCAAAAACGCGUCUUGGUUGGAUGGUUUAUGGUACUAGUUUGAUACACGCUGCCGUUGCUGGACCUGCUCGUAGCUACCACAUAUGCUCCCAUUCAUACAACGACAACGUUCCCACGGACAAUUAUCUUGACGCCGCCGUGAAAAACUACUUUGCUCUUGAAAGCUUGGGAAUCGUCAAACCCGAAAAGGCAUUGCUUUCUUCAGAAGACGAGCGAGCCAUGAAGAGUCUUCGUUGUAACACAAUAUUAAAAAACGGUCGCUAUCAAACAAGUCUCCUAUGGAAAUAUGACGAUGUGCGCUUUCCGGACAGCAAGCCAAUGGCAAUACGGCGACAUCACUGCCUUAUGAAGAGAUUGCAACGUGAACCAAAAUUGGGAAACAUACUGCAAAAUAAGAUUGCUGAUUAUAUAACAAAAGGAUACAUCCGAAAGCUAACACCAGAUGAAUCUAUGAUGCCCACAGACCGCGUAUGGUAUUUACCUAUAUUUCCGGUAUUCAAUCUAAAUAAACCGGGUAAAGUACGCAUCGUUUGGGAUGCUGCAGCGACUGUUGGUGGGGUCUCAUUAAACUCUGUUCUCCUAAAGGGACCGGAUCUGCUGACAUCCCUACCGUCAGUACUAUACAAAUUUAGAGAACGUCGAGUGGCGAUAUGUGGUGAUAUCCGCGAAAUGUAUCACCAAGUGUUGAUAAAUGACGCUGACUAA